AUGGACAACAACAUAGUUAUUAAGAAAUAGUGGUUUAUUAAGUCUUAGUCUAGCAAAAUUGAGGAUGCCUAUGAGUUUGAUCACAAAAAAUUACUAGGCCAAGGCACUUAUGGCCAGGUUGUUAAAGCCAAACUCAAAGGAUCAAAAUAAUAAAGAGCUAUUAAGAUUAUCCCCAAGAAUAAGGUGAGAAAUCCAGAGCGUUUUAGAAGAGAAAUUGAAAUCAUGCGUAAUUUGGAUCAUCCAAAUAUUAUCAAAUUGUUUGAAACUUUCGAAGAUGUUCGCAAUGUGUAUUUAGUUAUGGAACUUUGUGAAGGCGGAGAACUUUUUGACAGAAUUAUUGAUAAGGGUCAUUUCUCAGAAAAUGAAGCAAAAAUCAUAUUCCUACAAAUAAUGCAAGCAGUUAAUUAUUGUCAUCAGAAUGGAAUUUGUCAUAGGGAUUUAAAGCCUGAAAACUUUCUGAUGCUUACCAAAGCAGAUGAUUCACCUCUUAAAGUUAUUGAUUUUGGACUUUCAGUUAUUUUUCAUGACAAUCAUGUGGAGAAGCUACACCAAGGGAAAGUCAGUAUGACAACAAGAGCUGGAACACCUUAUUACAUUUCUCCAGAAAUAUUAGAUGGAAAAUAUGAUGAAUCGUGUGAUAUUUGGUCUGCAGGAGUUAUUUUAUAUAUACUCAUUUCAGGAGUACCUCCUUUCUAUGGGAAUACUGAUCCUGAAAUUUUGGAUGCAGUCAAAAAAGGUGUAUUCACAUUCAAUAUUCCUGAAUUUAAAAAAGUGUCAGAUAGUUGUAAGGACUUGAUUUCUAAAAUGAUCUGCAAACCAGAGAAGCGUAUUAAAUCACAUGAUGUCUUGACUCAUCCAUGGAUGAAAUAAUAGCAUCCUGCUGGUUCAUUCUUAAGUGUUAAUUAUUAAUCAUUAAAAAACUUUACGAAUUUUAAUAGAUUAAAAAAAGUUACAUUAACUUACAUCGCAUCACAACUAUCAGAAUAAGAAAUAACAGAGUUGGGAAAGCUAUUUAAACAAUUAGAUAAAAAUGGUGAUGGUGUUUUGACAAUGGAAGAAUUAACUCAUGGAUUAACUGGGCUAAAGAAGGAAUCAUAGAAUGAAAUUAUGGGAGUAAUUAAAAGCAUAGACACUGAUGGUUCUGGUGCUGUCAAUUAUACAGAGUUCUUGGCUGCUACGAUUGAGAAAAGCGUUUAUAUGAAACAAGAAAAACUAUUUUAGGCCUUUAAAAUGUUCGACUUGGAUGGCAGUGGUAAAAUAUCAAGGGACGAAUUAAAAUAAGUAUUAGGAAGUAAUAAUCCUGGUUUUGAUGAUAAUGCAUUGAAGGCAUUGGUUAAAGAUGCAGAUAAAGACGGAGAUGGUGAGAUCGAUUACAAUGAAUUCAUAGAAAUGAUGGAUAAAAUGAAAUCCUGA